AUGGACACUAUUUCGUUGAAUGAAGAAGAUUGUCCAAGUAGUAGUAGUAUUAGCCACGGAUACAGCCUAGAAUCCAUUGAACUGAGAGACAAUCUUGAAUAUGAUGCUGAUGAUCACGAGUGCCUCCUGAAAUUUACCUCCCGAUUUAUCAAUCGCCAUAUCCAAUAUGAGCUUAAUGCUAAAGCUUUUCAAUAUUACUUGGAUAAAGUAGACGAUUCGCCUGGGCCUACAACGUAUUAUUAUCUAGCACGUUGCUAUCUCUUUGGUUACGGUAUAGAGAGAAAUCUUGAAGACGCUUAUGAAUUUAUGGUAUCAGCAGCUCAACUGCGCCAUCCGGAUGCAUUACGCGAUUUAAGCUUAUUAUUUAGCUGCCCAUCGACUCUCCAUCAUACUCAAACUUUCAGAACCUAUACAGUCAGCGAUUACAAUUAUAAACGACUCAAAAUUACAUCAUUAUUAAUGUCGGCAUCGCUAGGCAGUUAUAAUCAAUCACUUCAAGAUCUUUCCAAUUUAUCGCAAUUCAUUUUUUGGCAAGAUAUGAUUUGCCAUUUAGAUUGUAUUUAUACCAAUUUAAUCGAUCGUUAUUUCGAUGGAGAUGAACGCCACUUAGUUGAUCUUCAACAAAUUGCCAUGCGUAACUCUAAAUUGUUACAAACUCACUCAAACUCCGAUGAUAUGAUUGAUCGUAUCUACAGGGACACUGUAUUAACAACAGAAAAUGAGCUCUUUCAAGACGCUAAAAAUUUCUCUGAAGAAAUUAUCGCUGACAUCUGCAAUCAAUUAGGCAUCUUGCGCUAUAUUAAAAGCCUUCAACCGACGGAAAUUCAUCACAAGGGAGAAUUAUUAGCAGAUGCAUUAAAGUAUUUUCAAUGUGCAGCUAAAUUAAAUUGUGCUGCGGCUUACUUUAACAUUGCAAUUUAUUAUGAUGAAUUUAUUCACUAUCGUCACAAUAUGACUGUAACAAAACUGCAAGUAAUGAUGGAAGCUUCCGCUCGUGGCCAUGCACUUGCACAAUAUGAACUUGGCUACCAUUAUCUUAAUUCUAUGUCCGAACAAGAGCAGGUUCAAGGUUGGCUAUACUUGAUGCUAUCAUCAAAAUUGGGCUAUUCUGACAAUUUAUACCUAGUUGGCAUGAGCUAUUUGAGAGACGAUUGCCGUAUAUUUGAUAAGAAAAAUGUAUACCUGGCAAAAACUAUGUUUAAAUUGGCUAUUUUUAGUCUUGAAAUUCCUAGUGCAAAGUAUUCUAAAAGGGAAUGUUUUCAACUUGGAUUUGCAUAUCAUCACAGCUUAUACUUAGACGACGUACAUGAUAGUCUAUUAUACUUUGAUCGAUAUAGACUUGCUGCUCAUUUUUACGCUUAUGCUAUUAAAAAUCACCUCAAUUUUUACUUGCCGUGUUGCUAUUUAGCCAAGUUAAUAGAAAAGCGCCGCAUCUAUCCGUAUGCUAUUGAAUAUAUUAUAGAAUUAUAUAAUCUGGCCAUCUGUGACGAUGAUAUCGCUGUCAAAGGAUAUGCAUGUUAUCGUUUAGGUAAAACUUAUUCCAAUCAAUCCAGUGGUACCUAUUAUAAUCCGUCAAAGGCUAACGAGCACUUUGCCAAUGCACUCUGUCAUUUUAAAAAGGUUAAAGAUUCAAUUAGCGGCCAAUACCAUUAUGCUAAUAUGCUUCUGCAAGGGCUCGGCGUUGUGAGAGACAGAAGCAAAGCUAUCGAAAUUUUAAGUACUAUUUGUAACCGUAUGCGACAUUUUGGCGAUCCCUAUAAAUCCUAUCUACAAUCUAAAGCAGAGCGCAGAUUAAGUCAAUUAAUUAAACACUAA